UCACAUUCACUUUGUACUGUAAAGUCGCCGUGUGUAAGUUGAGCCCGGUUUAGUGAACAUUAAGAUACCUUUCAAACAACUCAAUAAAGAGGCUUUCUCUCUACAAAGAUUUUGAAAUAAUAUUUGGUUUAAAUAAAAAUAAAUCCUGUAAAAAUGAAAUACUUUUGGUUAAUUUCCCUUUUGGUGCUUCCAUCCCUGAUUUCUUUAUUCAAUAAUGAUAACAACAUAUUUGCAAAUGCAACUGAAACAGCUGAAGCUGAAGAUGACAUAAUUGAUGUUGAAUCUGAUGAUGGUGCAUCCACACCUGAAUAUGAAGAUGAUUCUGGAUCGAAAACAUCACCCGACGCUGACACAUAUUUGUUGUUCACAAAACCAUUGCAUGUUCCAGGAAAUCCAUUCGAACUUCCAGGCGGACUGCCCGUCGAAUUUCUGGUUGGUUUCUUGAAUAAAGGUCUUGAUGAAUUUGUCGUAGAAAGUGUUGAAGCAUCGUUCCGUUAUCCAAUGGACUUCAACUAUUUCAUUCAAAACUUUUCGGCCAUUUCGUACAAUCGUGAAGUGAAAUCAAACCAUGAAGCCACCGUAUCUUAUUCAUUCCUUCCAUCUGAAACAUUUGCCGGACGUCCAUUUGGAUUAAAUAUCGCUCUAAACUAUCGUGACGCAAAUGGUGCCCGUUUCUCUGAAUCUGUCUUCAACGAAACUGUUCAAAUCACUGAAGUUGAUGAGGGUCUCGACGGUGAAACUUUCUUCUUGUACGUUUUCUUGGCCGCUAUUGUCGUUUUACUUCUUGUAUUGGGUCAACAAUUCCUUGCUGGAUCGGUAGGCAGACGUAAGCGGGCUCAAGUUGCUCGCAAAGCCAUUGAAACUGGCACAACAAACUCAAGCGAUGUUGAUUAUGAAUGGUUGCCACAAGAAACAUUGAAAAUUAUUCAACAAUCGCCGAAGUCGAAAAAAUCGCCAAAUUCACCAAAUGGCAAAGUUUCAGCUAAACAAAGCCCAAAGUCAAAUACAUCAAGUCCAAGACAGCGCAAAUAAUUCAUUAAAUCACCAGAUUGAUUUACCUCAUCUAGAAUAUAUCAAUUAUUGUGGAAUGCAUUUACAAGACGGAGACUGAGAGUUUGCGCGUAGAAUGAGUGCUUUAUGUUUUUUUUUUGAUACCCAAAAUAGUUUAUAUAUGCAUGUACUUCUUCUCAAAUUUUUUCUAUUUGCCAUAGGACAUUUAAAUAUGAGAUUUUCACGGUGCUACUUUCUGUAGCACUAUCAUACAUCAUUAACAAAAUUGCAAUAAUUUGUAUGAGUGAUAUUGUGUGGAUGUUGAAUGAAUGUCAGAAAACCUCAUGGAAAUCUUGUAAAUUCAAAUCACAAAGAUGUCGAAUAAAGAAUACACAAAACUGUCACCUUUAAUUUUUACUUAAAAAGAGAUUCGUUUCGUUUCGUUUUGGAAAUUAAAUAAAACAAUCAAUAAAAAACCGUUGUUCUAUAAAUUA